UUCUCCUCCUCCUCACUGGUACCCAGAGCGACAAACCUGCAUCAGUGUUUGAUUGCAGCCCGAGUCGUGCAGCUGUUCCGCUGCUCCCGAACCGCUGGGCAGAACCGAGCCAGCUCCGCCCGAACAGCAGGACAGGGGGGAACCGGGCUGACGAGCCGGGAUGAAGCCCGAGCCCAAGACGCGUUUCCUCUUGUGAGGAGUGGAACAGGAGCCUGGAAAGCACCGGAGGGAAGCGGAGGAGGUGGAGGGGGAGAUCUCGGGGACACAGCCAUGGCGACUGGAGGAGGAGGAGGAGGCGGCGGAGGCGGAGGAGCGGCGCGCAGGAGGAGAGCGGGGCUCCCCGGGUUCUGCUGGAAAACCUGCUACUUUCCCAUCCUGUUCUGGGUGGUUUCCGUGUGCGGGGAGGAGAAAACCUUCAUAGUGGAGACGUGGCUGAAGAACUACGGCUACCUGCUGCCUCACGAUGUGCGGACGUCUGACCUGCGGCAGGAGAAAGCCAUGCAGUCGGCCGUGGCAGCCAUGCAGCGCUUCUACGGCAUCCCUGUGACCGGAAUCCUGGACGAGACGACGAUAGAGUGGAUGAGAAGGCCUCGCUGUGGCGUCCCUGAUCAUCCUCACACCAGCCGCCGGCAGAGGAACAAACGCUACGCCCUGACGGGACAGAAGUGGAGAGAGAAGAGGAUCACCUACCGGAUAUCAAACUACACCCCCAAAGUGGGAGAGAAGGACACCCACAGAGCGAUCCGCCAAGCCUUCAACGUCUGGCAGGCCGUCACUCCGCUCUCCUUCCAGGAGGUCCCAAAUUCAGACGUGGAGAGCGACGGGAAAGACGCCGACAUCAUCAUCUUCUUCGCCUCCGGCUUCCACGGGGACAGCUCUCCGUUUGACGGGGAGGGGGGCUUCCUGGCCCACGCCUACUUCCCGGGCGCCGGCAUCGGAGGAGACACCCACUUCGACUCCGACGAGCCGUGGACGCUUGGAAACGCCAACCAUGACGGUAAUGAUUUGUUCCUGGUGGCGGUCCAUGAGUUGGGUCACGCCUUGGGUUUGGAGCACUCCAACGAUCCCAGUGCCAUCAUGGCUCCUUUCUACCAGUACAUGGACACGCACAACUUCAAGCUGCCUCUGGACGACCUGCAGGGCAUUCAGAAAAUUUACGGGAUCCCCACCCCCAUGCUGGAACCCACCCGGCCGUUACCCACGCUUCCUUCUCGACGGACUCACUCCACCUCAGAGUGCAAUCACGACCGGCACCCCCGCCCGGGUCGCCCCCCCGCAGACAGACCCGCUCUGCCCGGGAACGGCAAGCCCAACAUCUGCGACGGGAACUUCAACACCGUGGCCUUCUUCAGAAAGGAGCUGUUUGUCUUCAAGGAUCGAUGGUUGUGGCGUCUGAGGAACAACAAGGUCCUGGAGGGUUACCCAAUAGAGAUCGACCAGUUCUGGAAGGGCCUGCCUCCUCGCAUUGAUGCUGCUUACGAAAGGUCCGACGGAAAGUUUGUCUUUUUCAAAGGUGAUAAGUUCUGGGUGUUUAAGGAGGUCAGGGCCGAGCCCGGUUACCCUCAGAACCUCAUGGAGCUGGGCAGCUUCCUUCCCAAAGACGGCAUCGACGCAGCGGUCCGCUGGGAUGUUGUUGGGAAAACCUACUUCUUCAAAGGAAACCAGUACUGGCGCUACAACGAGGAAAAGCGAACCGUGGACCCAGGGUACCCCAAACCCAUCAGUGUGUGGGAUGGGGUCCCUGACUCUCCACAGGGAGCCUUCACCAGCAGAGAGGGAUACCACACCUACUUCUACAAGGGGAAGGAGUAUUGGAGGUUCGACAACCAGAAGCUGACGGUGGAGCCUGGAUAUCCAAAGUCUAUUUUACAAGACUGGAUGGGCUGCUACCAGUCUGACAUGGAGCGCUCUGGCAGCAACCGUGGAGACCGCCAGCUGCCCCUGGACGACGUGGACGUCAUUGUGACCAUCAACGACGUCCCCUCCACAGUCAACGCCAUCGCUGUGGUGAUCCCCUGCAUCCUGUCGCUGUGCAUCCUGGUGCUGAUCUACACCAUCUUCCAGUUUAAGAGCAAAGGAGCACAGCAGAACACGAUGAUGCAGCACUAUUACAAAUACCCGGUGCAGGAGUGGGUAUGACGAUGGACCAGAGCCCUAAAGCCGACAGGGUCGAGCUGUUGUCAUUUUUAGGCUGGGUCACAGUCUCCAACAAACACUGGCAGAGGAGCAGCUGAAAGACGCUGCUGGAGGGGGAAGGUGACAAUUAAAAAAACUCAGAAAGAGUAGAUCCAGAGUUAGUCAAAGUGCUUAUGAGAAACGUCCAGAUUUAAGGAUGUAAAAUCCACAUCGGCUGAAAGUGAAGUAAAGUCCAGGGUGAUGUGGAAAUUAAACAAGUUUGUCUACAUCUCUUGUUGGACAUUUGAAGUUCUUGUUGGACCUACAACAGUUUCUUCUCAGAGAGAAUAAGAGGAUUUGAAGCAGAAUAUGUCUGCUUGGUCGGACACUACCUUCAACUUUGUUCUUAAGACAACUUUAUAUGUGAGCUGCUUCAGUUGUGAAGUUUGUUCAAAGUUACCUGAGGAAUAAAAAAAGAAAAUAUCAUUUAAAAUGAAACUUGAAAAUGAAAUAUAGGUAGAAAGGCCAUAACAAAAAGAAAACCAAGGAUGUCUCUGUGGAUCACAGAGCUCUGAUUUCAGUUAUACUAAGACAGAAACCUGUCAGAAGAGCUUUUCUCUCUUUUUUACAUAACUUAAACUCACCACAGUUCAUGUUGUUGACAUAAAACAUGUAUUGAAUUAGUCCCAGAUUAACAGAACAACUGAUCUACGCUGAUCACACAGAUGGAUUUUUAGAGAAGUAGAACAAUUAGUCGUCUGCAUAUAAAGACAGAUCUAAGGCCUUAGGUUUAUAAUUAUCAUUCUGAUAAAUCUCAUAAUGGGGACCCAGUGAGAGAUAAAAAUCAGUCCUUAAAGGAACAGUAUUUGCUCUUUAGAAUAUUAUUAAUCGUAAAUGAGUAUUCCAAAAUAUAUAUUGACUGGAGUGGUGAAACAGGUGAGCACUGGUGUGAAUAUAUUGAUUGUAGAAACUGUAUCUGGUCAUGGUGUGGCACAAACCAGGAUAAAUCGGGAUUUUAGCUUUUUGACCCUGACAUGAGUUUAUUUUCUAGUAAAGCUUUGAGGUUACUUCACCCCAAACUUCAUACCACAGUAUUACAAUCUAAUCAGACAGACUCAUUUCAUGCCUGUGUUCCUACCAUUAGGUGUGCGCUUCAUAGCAAUGAAGUAAGAAUUGGAAAUAAACAUUUACAAAAGCAAUCACAAAUCUGACAUAGUAAAACAUUUUAAUGUUUUAAUGAACUGAUUAAAAUGCUUUAAAGAUUUGGCUUUACAACCAUCCCUGUGUAGACCGGAUGGCUAAAUAAUAUAAACCAGUUUCCAAGUCAUGCCAAUGCUUAACUGACAUCAGCAUGCUGGAUGCUUGAAUGUGAAAGUUGUUGUAUAAAUAAACUUGCUUUGUCUUAUGUCCUGAAAAAUUAAGGUAAUAAUUUCUGACUACUUGGGACACUCAGAGGUCUCUCUCUAAAACGUUUUUCCCAGUGGUCAGUUGAUCCCUAAAUAUAACAAAUAAAGGUAAAAGAAACAUUGAAAUCAGAGGAAAGUUGCCUACCCUGUCCUGACAGAGCAGAACACUGAAUCCAUCAAACUGAUCCCAGCAUACUUUCACUUUUCAGACGGGAAUUCAUCAAAAGCCGCAGCAGCUGGACCACUGUUACCUUUAACCGGGAAACAUCCUGACAGACGGUUUAAUGUAAAUCAAAGGCUAUUAAAGUGUGUAAGGACAUCUGCAGGAGUGCAUAUCAAAAGCAAACCUGCUUAUAAAAAGUGACGCGUGGCGGAAAAACAAAGAAAUAAAAACUGCAGAUGUAUGAAGUGGAGAGUAGAUGUAGCAGUGGCACAGCACAAAAAGACAGUAUUUAUUUAUCUAUUUAUUUAUUUAUUUAUUCUUCCGAUGUUUUUUUACAACAUCAAGUAAUAUUCUUGCUGUAGAAGUUAAACAUUUGUUUACUGCUUCUGGAGAUUUUAACACAUUUCUGCAUGAUAGUCACCUUACAAAGCGGUUUAUUCCUAAAGAGGGAGGAGCGUUCGCCACAUCUUAGUCUUUCAUCCUCCUGACGCAGAGUUUACUGUUCAGACGUCAUGGAGCUCUUUACCGGGUUUAUUAUGUGGGAUAUUUAGACGGGUUACUCUCAUUGAAAGCUUUUUAAGUGCCAUUAGAGACGUUUUGGUUAUAAUAGUCCAAAAUGGACAUGAGUCAGGAAGGCACAGAAACACAUUUAUUCACAUGCUGUUCAUUUAUUUAUCCUCCUCUUUUCACUAAAGGUGCAGCUCAUGUUGAUAAAAACCAAGAUCUGGACAAAACUUUAAAGAAAAGUUUCACAUUUGGACAAAAGGAACCAUUCUAUAAUACCUAUAUAAUAUAUUGUACCAGAGCUGUGACUCCACUAACAGGAAGCCGACCGCUCACUGCCGAUAUAACAUCUACUGCCAAGAUUAUAUGGUUAUAUACACAGAACCAAUUAUAUAAAAAUAACUAUUGUAGCUAUAAUGUAGUUUGAAGCUCAGCACUAAACUUACCUAAAAACAAAUCAUCCUUUUAUCAGGAAUAUAUUUAUUUUGAAGUUUAACUAAACAAUAAGAUAGUUUUUACAUCAAUCCUCAUAAGUUUAGCACUUAUUUUUCUGAUAAAUGAGGUUAUUAAUACAAAUCCAGUUGAUAACAUUUGUGCCGUUGUCCUGUACGUCCAGUGAUGGUGGCUGUGAUGUGUGAACCUGACCAGAUGAUCAGAAAACAUCCACCAGAAGAGGGUUUAAGGCAGGAUUUCGAACAUCUCAGCAGUUUUUAUGCUGCUCAGAUGCUUGAUGGAGCUCGUUGUGCUGUAAGGACAGGAAGUGGAGCAGCAGCGGCCUGAUGGUGUCUGUGUUAGUAUGCUUGGUGCAGCCCGGUGAUACAGACUCAGUUCACAGAGCGCUCCACUCGUCCUCCACGUCCCUGCUGUCGUUCCUCUCCGUCCAUCUGGCCUCGCGGCUCUCCGUCCAGAUAAUCGUUUCCCCCCCUGACCUCCAUCUGUCCUGCUACCCAGCUCAGCUCACCUUUUGUUACGUCUUUGUUGCCUCCUCCGUCUGCAUCCUUCAGCCAACCUCCUACAUUAUAGUUCACCACUUUGCUUUUACAGUUUAGCAUCAAACUUUUCUUCAAAGUGUCAAAAGUGCCAAACCUCUCCUGCCGUGGCUCAGAUUUUAAUACAAACUUGAGAUAUUUUCUCUGUGUUAUACAUUUUAAAUGCAUUUUUAGUCAUUUAUUUCAGUGCCAAUUUUUUUACUUUUCAAUUUAAACAUUUUCCCCAUUGUUUUCAGCUGAGCUCCAGUUACCGGGUGUUUCUGAUGGGUUCUGCCCUGAAAGCAGCCGUUCUCAGGAUGCUCCGGUGUCUUUAACUGGUCUUACAGAGGCAGUAAAAGCCCAGAAAGGCAGAUUUAAGGUAUUAUGCAACACCACAGCAACACUGCAGCCUGAACUAUAAAACAUGCUUUAUUUAAGGCGUUCAUGUAAACGGUGUUAACCCUCUGAGGUGACGCAGGCGGCGGCUAAUUGGUCUCCCAGAGAGAUUUUAAGAGUCCUCGGUUCGCUGCUUCUCGCUUUUGGCCUGAAAUCACUAACAGCCUCCAGACCGAGUCACAGUCCGGCACAAAGGCCCGUUUGUUCGGUUCAUAAAGAGUUACCCAGGAAAACAAUCUGGUUGAUCUCCCUUCAUGACAGACUGUUAAUGAUCCAUUCAUGAGGACAGACAGAGGUUCUCUUCACUCCUCCUCAUCCUCCCAGCUCUGCUCUGAUGUCAUGUUCUCCAGCUGCAGCUCAGCCUCCUUUGCUUCAGAUCUGGGAUGUUCAGAGUCCUGCAGAACCGUUUGGACCCAGAAAGAGAAAGAAAAACAUGUUCAUGCAGUGAAACUUAGAGUUUGCUGCGUUUUUUUAAAUCCUGAUCAGUUAAAGUUUUACAGAAUAAAGUAGCAGCAACUUCCCAAAAACAAAGAUCCAUAAAUAAUAUAAAUCCAAUGUUGAUUAUCAUGAAUAAUUUAUCUCUUGGUUGAAUUUCAGAACCUGACAGAAUGUUUCUGAAGCCAAAAUGUUUGAUAGAAAUCAAAAUAUAUAUUAUAUUUAAGGAAAUUAGACAAAUUGUUGUUAUAAGAAAUUAUUAAAAUAAAACUGCAAAAUAACUUUAUGAUCGCAAAAUAAUUAUAAAUUCAGGUUCUUUUGGAAAUUGUUUUACUGUAGAUUUCUGAAUGUUUACUCCUUGUAGCGACUAAAAGUUGCUGCUAAAGAUUUUAUAUUUUUUUCUAAAACAUAAGCUUUUUAUCUUUAUGCUUCUGUAUUCAGUGUUUUGACUAUUGUAGGUUUUUAAUAAUAUGUGAUUCUCAUUUUGUCCACAGUGGUGUUAAAAAUACCAGAAGCACAUUUAUUUUUACUUUUGUAUUAAUUUCUUCACCAUUAUUACAACGACAGAAUCAGUAUAAUAAAUGGGAUGAAUUGCGUUAUUUAGAGGUUAUGAACAUAUUUUCUGCUUUUGGAUCGCCAGAUAAAACUCUGAUAGCAUUUCUUUGAGGGAACCCGGAUGUGAAUUAACAUAACAUCUUCCACAGAGCUAGACUCAUCAGCUCUAAGCCUACUUACCUUUACAGCCCAUGUUUAGAGAUUUUUUAAAUACUUUUGGCUGCAAAUGUGUCUAAACCACCAGACAAUUUGCCAAAAUUCACUAAAUUUUGUCUUAAAAAUGAAAACUUGGCAGAUAUUACAUCAAACUUUAGACCGCUGAUUGUCUUGUGGUCAUUUAGAAAAAUAAAUGAUUAAAAGACUCACCAUUUGUGGAUUAUGCGCCUAUCUUCUGAACUUUAUGUUUUAUCAAGCUGCAGAAAUACAGAGAGAAUUUUUUUGUCCCGUUAAAACCACCAACCUUAAUGGAUUUUAUGGGACAGAUCAUCACAAAGUGCUACAGAACUGGAAAGUAAAAGAAAGAUUAAUUCACGGUUUAAAAAAAAAAAUUCAAUAGAUAAAAAUCUGAAAAGUGCGGCCUACAACUGUAUUUAGCGAUCACCUUUUUGCUGCAGUUCCAGUUUUAACAGGGAGGAAAAGUUGUGCUUAAAGUUGUAGCUACAACAAAAAA